AUGAAAUUACUUGCUUUUUGUUUAAUUAUUAUUGCUAAUGUGAGUAAUAAUGGAAAAGCGUCAAUUGAAAGGAUUGUGCCGGCAACGACGAACGUUCUUCUGUCAGACACAACGAGAAACUCAGACAAAUCGUGCUAUCGACCUUGCAAGUUCAACGUGAAACCGAGACGAUGUGAAUAUAAUUUCAAAAUAGAGCCAUCAUUGGAAGCGGACGGAAAACCGGCCUUGGUUAUUAACGCUAUGACCCCUGGACCACCAAUUCACGUUUGUGUGAACGAUAUAGUUAUUGUAAAGGUGCAGAAUAAAGUUCCAGGUCAAGAUAUAACUUUACAUUGGCAUGGUGUAGAGCAAAAAGGGACUCCAUACAUGGACGGUGUGCCAAUGGUGACGCAAUGUCCCAUAGGGUUUGGAUCAACUUAUGAAUAUGCUUUUAUCGCAUCAUCACCGGGAACAUUCUUCUAUCAUGCCGAUUCAGUUUCUCAACAAAGCGACGGUGUUUAUGGUUCUUUAAUUGUGGAUCAACCCCAACCGUUGGAACCACAUUCGUCGCUGUAUGAUUUUGAUAAAAGCAAGGAUCAUACAAUUCUACUGGGUGCAAGAUUUUCGGAACUGUUGACUGGAAAUUUAAAUGGAAAACACCUGCGACCGGAUUCUCUUCUUGUUAAUGGCGAUGAAAAGAGUUCCAAGAUAUUUGUUAUUCCGGGGUAUGCAUACAGGCUGCGAUUAAUCAACGCCGUAGCAGUUGAAUGCCCUUUAGCCGUUGACAUAGAACAGCACGAUAUGGUCGUAAUUGCAAGUGACAGUAAACCUGUAAGGCCAGUAUCGACUAAUAAGGUGCUGCUAUAUCCAGGGGAGCGUAUGGAUGUAGUUGUGAACGCAGCACGCGAAAGUGGUGGAUACUGGGUAAACGUUCACGGACUAGGCAUUUGUGAAGGCUUGAUCGCCCAUGGAAUGUUCUUGUACUCCGGGUUCAAUUACACAUCUUUAUUACAACAAGGCCCGACGCUGAGCAGUAUCGAACUUUUAAAUAGUGAAACGAUCAUACAAGGUCAACAUUUGUUAUCUCUUCAGGACCAAACAUAUAACAAAGAUGUUAAAAUAAUAUAUUUAGGCAUUGACAGACACGUCGUUCCGUUUAAAGAUAACGACAACGAUUAUCGAUAUAUCAGCGAUGGCGUGCCUAAGAAAAACUUUUAUCCCGCUGCAGUAUCAUUGCAAGACUAUGGAGUGGUACAAAUUAAUAAUAAAAAUUUCCUGUAUCCGAAUGGGUUGUAUUUACUCAAGCCACAAAAUGUGAAUCCAGAUGCGGCUUGUAAUGUUGGCGAGGAAGCAAAUCACAAACAGCUCCAGUGUUUACAGCUUUUGAAAAUACGUGACCAACAAGUCGUGGAACUGGCUUUAGUUAACGAAGGUUUUGGUAGUAACGAUUCAUAUACGUUUCAUAUACAUGGAUAUUCUGCUCAAGUAGUAGCUACGGGACGAACUUCUAAUGGGAAACCUAUUUCUAAAAGAGAUUUUUCCUUCCUUGAUAAAAAUGGUAAAAUAGAAAGAAAUAUACAAAACCCGCCACUGAAAGACACAAUCGUCGUUCCAAACAAAGGAUAUACAAUUAUAAGGUUAAAACCUGAUGAAGGUGGAAGUUGGAUGCUCGAGUGUAGGUCUUGCAGUUUCUUCUCGUUACCAGCAGCUAUACUCAUUGACGUCCCUCAAAAAAUUCCAAAAGCAGUCAUUGAUGUUUUACCGAAAUGCGGGAGCUACAGACCUGUUGAUGUGCUUUUGAACUGA